AUGACAGUCCUCGAAACAGACGCUUUGAUUGUUGGCGCCGGCUUCUCGGGCAUUUACCUUCUUCACCGACUCCGCGAUCAGCUCAAGCUCAACGUGAAGAUUGUGGAAGCGGGGUCCGACGUGGGGGGUGUUUGGCAUGCGAACGUGUAUCCUGGAGCCCGAGUUGAUUCUCCCUCUCCGGUCUAUAGCUUCGGCAUUGAGGAGGUUUGGAAGGGUUGGAAUUGGUCACAAGCGUACCCUGGCCAGAAGGAGCUCCAGGAAUACUUUCACCACGUUGAUCGAGUCCUGUCCGUUCGGAAGAACUGUAUCUUCAACUCUCGAGUCAAUGCGGCCCAAUUCGAUACGACCACGGCUCGUUGGACUAUCAAAACAGAGGAUGGGAAGACGAUUGUCGCGAAGUAUUUCCUUCCCGCCGUGGGGUUUGCCUCGCAGAACUAUAUUCCUCCUUGGAAAGGUUAUGAUUCAUUCCAGGGCACCAUUCACCAUACCUCUGAAUGGCCUCGCGAUGGAGUAGAUGUGCGAGGCAAGCGAGUGGCUAUCAUUGGCAGUGGUGCGACCGGUAUCCAAGUCACCCAAGAAUGGGCCAAAGAGGCCGAGGAGACCUUGGUAUUCCUACGCACUCCAAACUACGCACUCCCGAUGCGGCAAAAGACUUUCGACCCGGCAACACAGAAGAAGCAACAGGAAGAAAUGGCCGAGCUGUAUGCCUUCUGUGCUUCCACGGGAGGUGGCAUGCCGUAUCGGCCGGAGCAACUGCCCAAGGCACUCGCAGAAUUCGAAACGCGAGAGGAGGCAGCAAAACAUGUGAAAAGGAUGUACGACGAUGGUGGCUUUGGUUUCUGGGCGCUGGCCCUGUCUGACCUGACAUUGAAUGAGGAGUCCAACCGCUUUGCCUAUGACAUCUGGGCGGAGAGAGUCGGUCGAAGAAUCCAUGAUCCUGCGAAGCGUGCACUGCUGGCGCCGUCUGAGCCUCCCCAUCCGUGGGGCACCAAGCGUCCGUCGUUGGAGCAGGACUACUACGAGCAAUUCAAUCGAUCUAAUGUGAACAUCGUUGACACGAAGAAACACCCGAUCGCGGAACUCACGCCAAAGGGUAUUGUCACUGAUGAUGGCAAAGUCCAUGAAGUGGACAUCAUUGCCGUUGCGACGGGUUUUGACGCCAGCACUGGCAGCCUGUCCAAGAUGGGCAUCAAAGAUCUCGACGGCAUUGAUCUAGGAACGCGUUGGAAAGAGGGGAUUAUCAGUCUGCAUGGAAUGACUGUGCCCGGAUUCCCAAACAUGUUCCUGCCCUACUCAGUGCAAUCUCCAACGCCGUUCACCAACGGUCCUGUCUAUAUCGAGAAGCAAGCCAACUGGAUUCGCGACAUGGUCCAAAAAAUGGAGACUAAUGGGAUUCGCUAUAUCAAUCCUCAAGAGAAAGCUGCUCAAGAAUGGCGAGCGGAGGUGCAGGACAUUGCCAAUAUGACGUUGUUCCCUAAGACCAAGUCGUGGUACCAGGGUGCCAAUAUUCCCGGGAAGCCUGUCGAGCAAAUCUACUAUCUUGCAGGAAUGCCGAUGUACUUUGAGAAGUGCUAUGCGGCUCUAAAUGACAAAUUUGCCGACUCUUUUGUCAGUGCUUAG